AUGGAAGAUAUAGAAGGAGGAAGUACCUUCAAUUACCCACUAAAAGAUGAAAAGCCAAAAUUUGAUUAUAAACUUAUAAAUCAGAAUGGUAAAUUAUCUGAAGUUCCAUUAUGUAAAGAAUAUCAAAAAUUAUCAUUAGAAGAACAACAAGUACAAUUCCAGCAACAAAAAUUACAAUCACCAGUACAACAACAUCAACUACAACUACAACCACAGCCACAACUUUCAAAUAACAAAUCAAUUUCAAAUCGACAAAAUAAGCAACAACAACAACCACAAAUUAAUCUUGAACAUAUUCAACCAAAAAAGAAAAACCACAGAAAAAGAAAUGCUGGAGAAGAUGAUUAUGGAGAUAAUGAAGGCUCAUAUGAUGAUAUGACUUCUUCAGAUACUGAUUCAAAUACUCAAGGUUCAGGAAAUUCUCAAAACAAUAUAUAUAGAACCAAUGGAUUAUUACAUCCACCAACUAAGAAACGAUUAACUUCCAAUCAUGAUCAUGUUAGUAUUGAACUAGGUAGUCAAGAUUCAAAUAAUGCAACAUAUGGCUCUUCUCAAUCAUCGAAUAGACAUAAUUCAUCACAUCGUCCAAAAACUCCAAUAAUUAUCAAUUCACCAAACACAGCUCCACUUUCAGAUAUUGAUGAAGAUUCUACUCAACAACUACCUUUACCUUCCCCCAGUGCAUCACCAGUUCAAUCUGAUCAUGAAAAUGAUGACAUUAUAGUUGAAAGUCCAAGAACUAUAUCAAGAAGAUUAAAUUUGGAAUUAAUAGAAAGUCAUAUGUCAAAUGUACCAGGAACUCAAUCAGAAUUGGUAAGUGUAAUGAGUAAUUUAUCAAAUUUUUUAACUGAACAAAAUCAAAAUCAUUUAAUUUUUAAAUUGUUACAAAAGACAAAUAGAUCUUCAUUAAGUUCAUUUAGUGGAUUGAUAAAUAAUUCUUUGAAAAGGGAUUUAAUUGGCAAUUUACCCUUGGAAAUAUCAAUAAAAGUUUUAUCAUAUCUUGAUGCAAGUACUUUACUUUCAAUAUCAAAAGUUUGUAAAAAAUGGUUUAAUCUUGUGAAUAAUCCAGAAUUAUGGGUUAAUUUGUUGAAGAAAGAUAAAUUGAUUACUGAUGAAAAUAUUAUUAAAUCAGAAUUAUUACAAUCAAAACAAUUGGUUGAAGAAUGGUGUAGUUUACCUGGUGAAAUUAACACUGCUCAAUUACUAUAUAAGAAAAGGACAAUUAUUGCAAAUAGAUGGUUGAAUCCAAAAUAUAAACCAAAAAGAAUUAGUGUAACUGGUCAUGGUAAUAAAGUAGUUACUUGUUUACAACAUGAUGAAGAAAAAAUUGUUACUGGAGUUGAUGAUAAAUGUAUCUUGAUAUAUAGUACUCAAACUGGUCAGUUGAUGAAAGUUCUAGAAGGUCAUGAUGGAGGAGUAUGGGCAUUGAAAUAUAGUGGAAACACUUUAGUGACUGGAUCAACGGAUAGAACAGUUAGAGUUUGGAAUAUGUCAACAGGUAAAUGUACCCACAUUUUCAGAGGUCAUACAUCAACAAUUAGAUGUCUUGAUAUUAUCCACCCAACAGUAAUUGGUAAAGAUGUUGAUGGAACAGACAUUGUUUUUCCGGAAUUUCCUUUAUUGGUCACAGGUUCAAGAGAUCAUAAUAUACAUGUAUGGAGACUACCAAUUUUAAAUGAUACUCAAGCUAAUGAUGAAACUACUUUUGAUGGUGGUGAAACUGAUAAUCCAUACUUGAUUGCAAUUUUAUCAGGUCAUACCCAAUCGGUACGUUCAAUUUCAGGUUAUGGAAACAUCAUAAUAUCUGGUUCAUACGACUCAACUGUUAGAGUUUGGGACUUAUUAGAUAAUGGAAAUUGUAAACACGUACUUCAUGGACAUCAAGAUAGAGUUUAUUCAACAGCAAUGGAUUUUAAUAAAAAAUUAUGUUUUUCAGGAUCCAUGGAUUCAACUAUUAAUAUAUGGAACUUUGAAACUGGAGAAUUAUUAAAAGUUCUUGAGGGUCAUUCUUCAUUAGUUGGUUUAUUAGCCUUGGUUGAUGAUGUAUUGGUAUCUGCUGCCGCUGAUGCAUCAUUAAGAAUAUGGGAUCCAACAACUGGAGAAUUAAGAAGUAAAUUAAGAGGUCAUGCUGCUGCAAUAACUUGUUUUGAACAUGAUGGAUUAAAAGUUGUAAGUGGAAGUGAAAAAAUGUUGAAAUUAUGGGAAGUUAAAAGAGGUGUGUUUGCAAGAGAUUUAUUAGAUGAUGUAACUGGUGGUAUAUGGCAAGUUAGAAUUGAUUAUAAAAGAUGUGUUGCUGCUGUUCAAAGAUUUAAUAAUAAUGAAGAAGGUGAAACAUUUAUUGAAAUUUUGGAUUUUAGUCAACCAUUGAAUAAGAAGUUUAAAAGAAGAAGUUGA